UAUAUUUUCCAAACUAGUUUUACGACACCGAAGAAGACUUUGCGGAAGCACAUGGUUUUCCAAAGGAGUCGGUUAUGUUUUCUUCCCCGGCUGUUUUGCACAUCAAAUAGAUAAACGCUUAUUGUAAACAUUUUUUAGAUUGUUUACUUCUGUUGCUUGGUCGCAAACUGUGUUGAAUCAACUCUCAAAAUGGUUCGCGCUAAAAGGGGUCAACACUUUGAGAGGCUUAAGAAAGAGGAGCAAUAUCAUGAAGAUGACCCAGAAGCAUACAAAAACAUGCCUGUCCCCGAUAAAAUGUCCUCACAGUACACGAAGGACACGGUCGAUGAGUUCCACGAGGCGCAGAUUGCGAAACUUUUGGCCAGCGGAGUUCACAUGGAGAGCGAUGAGGAGGAUCUGGAUGAUGAGGAGGAAGUGAUGGCUUUGGAGACUGAUGAUGACGACGAUGACGACAACGAAGAAGAGGAGAAUGAAGACACAGACAUGGACAGUGAUCUGGAGGGGAAGAAAGAUGACGAACUUCCCAACGAUCUAGCAUGGGGCACCAAGAAGAAGAUAUUCUACAAUUCAGACUAUGUAGCCGCAAAAGGUAAAACAAAGAAAGAGUUGGAAGAAGAGGAACAAGAGGAGGAAGAAGAGGCCAAAAAUAUCCAAAACCGCUUAACGGAAAACCUGACUGAGGAGGAUUAUGACCUCAACUUUUUUCAGGAGUUUGCUGCAGCGGAGGAGGAGAAGAAUAAAGAGAAGGUUGUGCAAAAGGAGGAGAGAAUUGUGAAGGACCUGAAGCAGAUGUCCAAGAAGGAGAAAAUGAAGCUGCUCAGGAAGGAAUCGCCCGAGUUGCUUGAACUCAUUCAGGACUUCAAGGCAAAGCUCACAGAAAUGAAGGAUGAGCUGCAGCCCCUCAUGCAGAUGGUGAAGGAUGGAAAGAUCCCACCAGGAAAGGGCGCUGACUACCUUGAGACCAAACAGCAGCUUUAUCUCAAUUACUGCACCAACAUCAGCUUCUACUUGGUGCUCAAAGCCAAACGAAUCCCCGCUCAUAACCAUCCAGUGAUUGAACGACUGCUCACCUACAGAAACCUCAUCAACAGACUGAGUGCCGUUGAUGCCCGCCUAGCGCCACAGUUGCGCAAGCUGCUGGCCGCUGAGGAUGAAGACGAGCCCACCAGCAGACCAACAUCGAAGAAGAAGGCAGGAGUGUCCACCAAGAAGGACAAGGAUUCUGGGAAAGCGGCGCCGGAGGAAGAAGCGGCGGACUCUGACCUGGACGAGGAAGCGGCUUUGCUCUUCUACAGACAAGUGGAGGAAAGGAUCAAGUUGAAGAAGAAGAUGAAGGAAAAUCGAGCUAAAGAUUGCAGGGUUGAGGAACACGUUGAUGAAACGGAAGAGAUGGAUGCAGAAGCUAAGAGGGGCAUCACAUACCAGAUGUCAAAGAACAAAGGUCUUACCCCCAAGAGGAAGAAGAUCGACCGCAACCCUCGAGUCAAGCACCGAGAGAAGUUCAGGAGGGCCAAGAUCCGCAGAAAGGGCCAGGUGCGUGAGGUUCGUCGGGAGGAGAUGAGAUACAGCGGAGAACUGUCUGGCAUUCGAGCAGGAGUCAAGAAGAGUAUCAAACUCAAGUAACCGCACACUGCCGCCUGCUUUGAUCCUCAACCCAUUACCGUACUCUGUCGGGAUCAUGGGCCACAAAAAAUAAACUUGUACAUAUUUUAAUAACUUGUACGACAUGCUGUCAAUCGAUACAAACGUGACAGUAUAAUCUUUUCCAAUUUC